UAACCCUAACCCAAAAUCUCAACUCGCCCUCAGCACCUCCUUCCCCUACCAGCCCACACACCAGCAGAGACGGUCGUGCCGCAUCCCAUCGCUCCUACCGUCGGCGCCACGGCUACUGGUGCUCCUGCCGCUUCACUUGGACGAUGUGCAUCUGCAAGCGAUCAUCUCCCAAAUCGAACUCCACGCGCACCAUCAACAAAAACAUGCCGCCACCGCCGCCCCCUCCACCCAGGCACUCUUCCGCCCGCGACAACAGAGGCAGGCGUUCGCCCAACGCCACGCCCCCCGCUGCUGCCCACGACGGCGCCGGCGCUAGCAGGCAGGCUCCAGCGGUGUCGAUGGACCAGAUCUCGAGUAUCCUCGACCCCUUCUUCGUUGACACGUGCCAAUUUUUCAAGCAGCAAUCUUCACCGCCGCCACGGCAACAAGCGCCUGCUACAACCGUCGGCACCACCACAAACGACUACGACUACGCCGCCGCCGCCGCCGCCGACACCACCGACGCCGCCGCCACCGACCAACCGUGGCGAAUGGAGAACGCCUUCCUGUCGGGGGUGGAGGCAACCGCCUAUGAUGCUCAGAGCGGUGCUCAAGAGGGUGACGCCACUGCUGCUGGUGCCGUUGACGUUGGCAGAAACGAAAACGGCGCGCGUGCGUUGCAAAACGUGCUGGGUUCCGGGAGCUCCGCUUGGUUGGAGACGGUCCGAGACAUGGAGGCAGAGAAGAACGACAUGCUUCGGUUAGACGUAAGAUCGCCCAAUUAGACCUGGGACACGCAUCCCGCCACUGUCGUAUGUGUGCUGUGUUAGUUGGUUAUCACGUUUUAUUGUAUUGUUUUAGAGGAGAAGAUAGUGCGUAACAUACAAUGCAUCCAUCCCAGCCCAAAACGCCGAUGCGUGGGAUGUACCUUGCUCUGAUAUGCUGAAAGUUGCGUGGCCGUUCUUUGAUUUUUGUUCUUUCCGGUUUCGCUGUUACGAUGUUCUUUGACUGCCUGGGUGUCCCUCGGGCGGCAUUUUUCUCUUUUGGCGUAUUGGAGAACUGUAGGAUAGUCUACGUUUUAGACCUAUUUCGAAUGAUCUGGUUGUGAUUUCGAAUGGUUCACGAUUACUUUUACUUUCUUCGACUGUACUCGGAGUAGCAUAAUCACCUAGAGUUUGUACGUGUGUACCAAGUACGUGUACGGCACACGCCACGCCCACUGGCAGCGUUUAGCUGCCCCUAUGUAUGCCAAUUGUUCGAUCCGGUAACGUUCGAUGUCCCUCCGGGAUAGGACCUUGCGAGUGUGCCGCCCAGGCCCUCGGGGACUUUCAAGUAGAGCAAACGAAAAUUUGUUUUUGUGUAUUUAUGUCAUCUGCUGUUGCUUGUGCGCGCGCCUGUUCGUGUUCACCCCACCUCUUUCGUUGGCGGUUGUUUUCGAUGUUGGAAGCAGAUCGGGGUGGCGUGCUGGCUGGUGCCCUGUAGUCGAUGCGAUUGUUCCGCGUCAUACACGUGUCUAGCGUACAAGUACCCCGGUAAUUGCAGAACAGGAACUCGAAAAUUGUAGUGAGUGAGUAAAUGGUGGUGGUAGUGGGCUACCGGAGGAGGACCGCUGUGCAGGAGACGUAGCUGUGGAGGGGGCGCCACAUGCCGCUUCUCCCCGCAUGCCUCCCGUGAGAAUUGUUGCUGCUCCCUCUCCGGUGCCCCCCGGUAUUUAUGUUUGUCCCUCUUUGUUUAUUUCGUGGUUCAUAUUGUUUGGGUCUUGGGGAGGGGGGGGAGUUACACCUUGAGAGCUGUCGUCUUUGUUGGCUGUGAGGGACGGACACCGUUUUUUUUGUGUGUGUAUCGUGGGUGGUCGUUCCUCUUGUGUUUAAACUUAAGGCGUUUUGGUGGCCGGACUUCUGCCGUCGUUGUUGUGUUCUCGUGAUGAAGAGAGUCAGAAACAAUUUCACGAUUUUUGUUUUCCACCUUCCGUGUUUCUGCUAGUGUCUUGGCAACCGUUGGUGGGUCUACAUUGUAAAUCAGGAGAAUCGUUGUGUAAGUUUUGAAGAAAUCGCCAU